AUUACCCACGAUGCCUCUGGCUGCCGCUGAUGAGCCCAUCUGCCCGAAGUUCCAGCCCAACAUCUUCGACUCCACCCGCUGCCACGACUGCUUACGACAGAAACACCUGCACAACACCUGCAGCAGUGGCGAGCUCGUGCCCGAGCCGCGCGCAUCUGCCGCGCACAGUGACGAGAAAGACACCAGCGCCAAGGAGGACUCAGAUGUGCUGUCAGUGGUCAGCAGCUACUGUGAUGUCAGCAGAGGGGGGCGGGGCUUUGAGGACAGCUCCCUCUGCAUCUUGAGUCCCGACUGUGACCUGUAUCUGUGUGACGGAGACGACGACCAAAGCUCGGACAGUCAGGGUGACGAUUCUGUAUACAGCAGCUCUGCCGGUCCAGAGCAAUACUCCAGGCUCCUUCAUCAUCCUUCAUCCUACCAUAGAAUGACCCGCUUGGAUCCGCCACCUCACCGGACAAGCCCCCGUGGCUGGACGGAGGUGUCUCAGAGUCGCAGUGAUGGUUUUGGGCAGUUCGGUUUUUCUCACGGCAGCGUGAAGGAACGGAGGGAACGAGAGAGUGGAUAUUUCUCUCUGGGAAGGGCUGCCGGUAGCAGAGCUCUCCGUGAUCAGAGUCCCCCUGCUCCUUAUCGGCAUUCUGAAAGAGGGCAUCCCCUGCCUAGCAACAAAAGCCCAGAACCCAAAGCCGCCAUUCCAUUUCGGAACCCAGAUCUGGGCCUCCCCUCGGAAAGGAGAACCUCUGAGUUUCAGAAUCCCGAGCAGCUCGCAGAAGACUAUCCUCCCCAGUAUCCUCCAGAUCCGCUGGAUCUCAGCGUGGAGGUUGAGGCCCUUGCUGGUCCCCGAGCGCUGAGUCCCACCCCUUUCAAACAAGCUGAAUCGAUCGGUGCCUCCAGUCGAAGAGGUGGACGAAAUGCCCACACGUCUCCCUUACGGCAGCCGGGAACGCUCAACUCUUCCCAAAGAGGCUCUGGCCUCUCGCGUUCCUCCUCUCCCUCCCGUAGUACCUCCCCAUUCAGACGGGCUGAGUCCAGCUCCUCUCUCAACACGGUCGGCUUUCGGUCUAGCAUUGUUUCACGUGGACAAGAUCGGGCAACGGUCAGUCCAGCACGAAACAGUUACUCCGGAGGCCUGCAGAAAAACCUCAAAUCAUUUGUGAGUACUGCAGGCACCGUCAGUAAUGUUAGUAAGUCUCUGUCUUACAUGGAUCUGAGAGGCUCUUUACGGAAACCCGAUACCAACAGCUCCUUCAUUGGGUCUACAGAAAACCGUGGAAGCUUGUCCCCUUCCAAACGGACUUAUGAUGGUCCUGCUGUUAGGAAAACUGAAAUGAAAAGCCCUUCAUACGAGCGUGGUCAUGACAGACAGAGUUCCUCCCCCUCAGUGGGCCGCUAUGAUUCAAGAAACCAGUCCCCUUCCAGACAGAGUUAUGAUAGUCCUGCUGUUAGGAAAACCGAAACGAAAAGCCCUUCAUACGAGCGUGGUCAUGACAGACAGAGUUCCUCCCCCUCAGUGGGCCGCUAUGAUUCAAGAAACCAGUCCCCUUCCAGACAGAGUUAUGAUAGUCCUGCUGUUAGGAAAACCGAAACGAAAAGCCCUUCAUACGAGCGUGGUCAUGACAGACAGAGUUCCUCCCCCUCAGUGGGCCGCUAUGAUUCAAGAAGCCAGUCCCCUUCCAGACGAAGUUAUGGUGGUCCUGCUGUUAGGAAAACAGAGACGAAAGGCCCUUUGUAUGAGAGCAGUCAUGACAGACAGUUUUCUUCCUCCUCCUCAAAGGGCCACUAUGAUUCAAGAAGCCAGUCCCCUAAAGGGAGACUAGACACAAAUGGCUCAUCAAGUCAGAUUCGGGAGGGUAGACGCAGUGCGUCUCCGGUCAGGAAGGGCUACGGAACGCCCAGCCAAUCAGACAGAGGAUCUAUGUCUAAUGGGUGGAGUCAUGCCAGAAACAGCCCCUCCCCAUCCAGGAAAAGUUAUGAAAUGCAAAGCCAAACCACUGUGAAGAAACCAGAAGCAAAGAGCUCCCUUCACAGCUACAACCGAGACAGCAGACACUCUUCCCCAAUUAGAGGUCGACACCAAAACCCUGGCUCAUCAUCGCUUCGUAAGUCCGAAAUGAGCCAGUCCUCAUCAAACCGUGGCCCCAAGAGCCGCAGUCCCUCCCCCUUAAGGUGGGCAAAUGACAACCCUAGCCAAUCUCUUCCCCGCAAGGCAGAGAGUGGACGUAGUCCCUCUGUGUCUACACUGAGGUGUGACAUUGCAGACCACAUCCCUCUCAAGAACACUAUGAGUGACAGAACUGGCUCCACCUCUUAUGUAAGAAACUCCACAAGUAACCAAUCACAGCAUGAUUCAAACCCUUCAUCAGGCCGCUGGAGAGGCUCCACCCACUCUCUCAACAGCCAAUCAGUCUCACGUAACUCCUCCCCAUCACGACACAGUGGUGAGAAGAAACAAAUCAGCUCCUUUCCAAAAUCUGUCCCUGUUGCUUGGGAAACGCCACAAGACGGAAGCAAGAGGAGCAGCAUGAGGCAGGUCCAAGAGGUGCAAAGCUCAAUGCCUAACAACCGACGAGCACCGAGCCGACACAGAAGCCCCUCCCCUCCAGUCGAAAGACACACGUCUUCCCAAAGCUCCAUGGACUCAGAGUCAAGUCAUCUUUCUGCCGGGUCAUCGGGUCUUAACCGGGAAGAAUAUGCCAUGAUGGCUGACCUUCCCAAGGUCAAAACAGUCUUCCAUAGGGAGAGCCCAAGCCACCUGGGGAAGAUCGAGAGCUGUCAGAAACGAGAACUUUCCCGCUACAAACCAGCCAGUCAUUCCCAGAGCAAAUCUCCUCACUCGGAAUGGGACGAACUAGAGGAUGAAAGAGACAGUGGUACACUAUCGAGGGCUCACUCGUCCAGCUCCCUACACACACAGACAGCGAGCAGCCCGGCCGUGGAGCGGAUACACCCGUCCAGAUCAUCAGGACAGAAGCAGAAAACACACAGACCGUCAGUGUAUUUCUCCUGCAGCGUGGAGCAGACGGAUGAAGAACCAAUGCAGCAGCCUGACCUGCUGAACUUUAAGAAGGGAUGGAUGUCUAAACUGGACGAGAGUGGAGAGUGGAGGAAACACUGGUUUGUGCUGACAGAUGCUGGCCUGAAGUACUACAGAGACUCUGCGGCGGAGGAGAGAGACGAGGUGGAUGGAGAGAUCGACCUGAAGUCAUGUGUGAAGGUGUCGGAGUUCGACGUGGAGAAGAACUACGGCUUCCAGAUACAGACGAGAGACGCCAUGUUCACGCUCUCGGCCAUGACGGCGGGGAUACGCAGGAACUGGAUCGAGAUUUUGAGGAAGAACGUUCGACCCGGCAGCUCUCCAGACCUCACACAGCUGCCCAACAGCAGCAUUGAUAAGGAGAACGCUCGUCAAUCAUCUUCCCUCCGGCUGCGCAGCCAAUCAGAGGCCUCCUCCACCACCGCAAACCCCGCCCACAGCAAAUUCGACUACGUCGAGCUGUCACCCGUAGCCACGCCUUCUACUCCUGUCUCCGCCAAUCAGAGAGAGUCCGGGGAGGGGCAGGUGAGAGAGCACAGCCAAUGGCAGGAGGAGCGGCGGCGCGACGACGCCCACAACCAGUGGGAGGCGGUGCUGUCGCGAAAGGGGGCGGGCCAGCUGUCGGAACAGAAGCGGAUAGAGGAGGAGAUCGAGAAGAAGUGGGCGGAGUUUGAGCGGCUGCCACUCAAAGAGAUGAGGUCACUCCCACCGAUGGGCUCGCGGUCGGGCCCGUCAGCCAAUCAGGCUCUGGAGAGGGAGGUAGUGGCGUCUCUGAGGCAGCAGCUGGCGGAGCUGAGGGCGGGGCGGGAGGGGUGGGCGGGGUCAGAGCGGAGGGCGUGCUGCGGGGCGGAGUCUCGCUGCGGGGAGAGUCUGCAGCAGAUGGAGCGCGUCCACAAGGAGGCGCUGGAGCAGCAGGAGCAGAGGCACGCGCAGCAGAUCAGCGCGCUGGAGAGAGAGAGAGACGCGCUGCUGAGGGAGGAGACGGACGCCACUGCACGAGUGAUGGAGGCGUUACAGAAAGCGCACAGAGAAGAGCUGGAAAAAACCGCACAACGCAAAGAGACACAUGGGAUGGACACACACACGCUUAACAAACAACAACAGGCAGAGGUGGCGUCUCUGCGGCGGGAGCUCCAGAGUCUGUCGGAGCGAUUCUCUCAGAAGUGUCUGGAGCUGAAGCGAGCGCAGCAGCACCACGAACACACAGAACAACAGAUGAGCCAGAAAGACAGACAGAUGGAGCAGCUGAAGAGAGACAACCAGGACUUACAGGCUCGUCUGUCGGAGGAGGUGAAGGUCAUUCGCUCUCUGGUCACAGGUCAAGGGUCAGACGCAGGGACUGACGGCAGUGAGAGGUCAUGGUGUGAGAUGCAGGUGCUGCUGCGGGUGCGAGAGAACGAACUGCAGUACCUUCACCAAGAGCUCAACAGCCUCCGCAACCAGAUGCACUUCCUCACCACGGAGAAGAGCAGCGUGUGCGAGCGCUACCGCGAGGUGUGUGAGGAGCUGAGCGCCAUGAAGAUCCGCAGCGAGCGUGAGGCCGAGGCGCUCCGAGAGCACCUGAGACUGGCACUGAGCGCGCUGCACGAGAACGACAACAGCCUGCAGCACUGACGGCCGGGGGAGGAGCCUCCGCGGUCAUGUGACUCUCAUUUCAGUCCGAUCCGCCAGUCAGCUGCGGGACACUGGAACAAACGCUUCUGCACUUUCUCAUGUGUGUUUAUGGGACCAAACUGGAACGUCUCACUGUCGCUAGUGUGGAGGAACUGAACACACACACGAACAAUCAACAAACUCAUAUCUGAUAGAUAUCAUAUUUGCCAAUCUAGUAUCAUGUGUGUGUGUUCUGUGGAAGCUUGUUUCCACCACGGAAUAAAAACUCUUUUAAAGAAAGUGUGACUUACAAUUCUGAGAAGAAACUCAGAAAUUUAACUUGUAGUUCUGACUUUUUCUCUCGCGGUUGCACGGUUAUAUCCCGCAAUUCUGAGUUUGAUUUGCGAGAGAAAAAGUGGCAAUUACCUUUUUAAUUGUUGUUCUGUGGUGGAAAUCAGCUUCCAUGGGGUUCAACUGUCUUUGUGCCACAAAAACAAGAGCUUUGCUUGAAUGAGCCAAUGUUUUUUAAAAGAUGUUUGUUUCUUGUUGUCGUAUUUAAAUUUAGAGUUUAACGCAUAUGUAAACAUAUCGAGCUAUAGCUAAUAAAUAUGGGUUAUUUGGUUUAUGGA